GCGAGAUCUCGUCCUCCUUCCGGCUGGGAUCCCUUCCUCGCCUAGACGGCUGUCCCCUCUUACGUCGCUCCCGCAGCCUUUCCCGGGCGGCUCUUCCUAGCCUGGGCUUUGCCCCCGGGAUGCCUCCGCUUUGGGGAAAGCCUCGCUGACCCGCAGCUCUGCCCAGCCCGGGCGCAGCCGCCUCUGGGGACGCCGACAAGGCGCCUCCCGCUCGCCUGGAAGAUCCGGCACCUUGGACAGCGCCCCAGUCAGGGCUGGAAAUAUAAACCAAGACCUGGAUGCAGAAAGUCCCACGUGUGUGACUGGGGAAGUAUGGUUCGAAGGAAAAAGAUGCCGCUUCUCCUUGUGCUGAGUUUGCUGGUGAUAUCACAACGUGGCCAUGGAGCAGUCCAUCUGAACAUCACAGAAGGUUGCAAACUCAUCUUCCCCCCUUGGGACGGUGGGAUCCGCUACAGAGGCCUGACCCGUGAACAAGUGAAGACUGCCCACUUCCUUCCUUUCGACUAUGAGAUUGAGUACGUCUGCCGUCCAGAGAGGGAAAUUGUGGGGCCCAAAGUACGAAAAUGCCUCCCUAAUGGAACCUGGACGGAUAGUGACAUUGAAAGCCGCUGCUUACGCACUUGUCCCAAGAUGCACCUGAACCUGGAGAAUGGGCAAGUCACUGUCCGGGCAAUUGAACGGGUGCCUGUUGAAGGCACAUGGGUGGAGUAUCGCUGCAACCCCGGCUUUUACCUAGUGGGCAGUCCCCGGAGCAACUGCACCAAGGUGGGCCGCUGGAGCUCCGCCAAACCUGUCUGCGAGUUGUGGCGUCCUGUUUCCCGGCCUGGAUCAGGCAAGAAGAGGCUGCACAUCGGGGCGCUUUUCCCCAUGACCGGCGGCUGGCCGGGGGGCCAAGCCUGCCUGCCUUCCGCCCAGAUGGCCCUCGAGGACGUCAACAGCCGGAGGGAUAUUCUGCCCGACUACGAACUGCGUCUCGACCACCGCGACAGCGAGUGUGAACCUGGUGUGGCAACUAAAUUUCUGUAUGAGCUCCUCUACAAUGACCCCAUCAAGAUCAUCCUUAUGCCUGGCUGCAGCAGUGUUUCUACCUUGGUGGCCGAAGCUGCACGCAUGUGGAAUCUCAUUGUGUUGUCCUAUGGCUCCAGCUCGCCAGCCCUUUCCAACCGCCAGCGUUUCCCCACCUUUUUCCGCACGCACCCAUCCGCCACACUGCACAAUCCCACCCGUGUGCAGCUCUUCAAGAAAUGGAGCUGGACGAAGAUUGCCACAAUACAGCAGACCACUGAGGUGUUUACAUCGACUUUGGAUGAUCUGGAAGAGCGAGUCAAAGAGGCUGGGAUUGAAAUCACUUUUCGCCAGAGCUUCUUCUCUGAUCCUGCGGUGCCUGUCAAGAAUCUCAAGCGCCAGGACGCUCGCAUUAUUGUUGGGCUGUUUUACGAGACUGAGGCCCGGAAGGUUUUCUGUGAGGUAUAUAAGGAGCGUUUGUUUGGAAAAAAAUAUGUCUGGUUCCUGAUUGGCUGGUAUGCUGACAACUGGUUCCGCAUCAAGGACGCAAACAUUAAUUGCACAGAGGAAGAGAUGAGGGAGGCGGUGGAGGGACACAUCACCACGGAGAUCGUCAUGCUGAACCCAGAAAACACCCGCAGCAUCUCUAAUAUGACAUCAGAGGAAUUCAUUGAGAAACUGACAAAGCGAGUAGAGAAAUCUCCAGAGGAGACUGGGGGUUUCCAGGAAGCUCCAUUGGCUUAUGAUGCCAUCUGGGCCCUGGCCCUUGCAUUGAACAAGACCUCAGCUGAAUUGGUAAAGAAAGGGUUACGCCUUGAAGACUUCAAUUACAACAACCAGACUAUUACAGACGAGAUCUACAGAGCCCUCAACUCUUCAGCCUUUGAAGGGGUCUCGGGACAUGUGGUCUUUGAUGCCAGUGGCUCUCGGAUGGCCUGGACCCUCAUUGAGCAGCUUCAGGAUGGUGUCUAUAAGAAGAUUGGCUAUUAUGACAGCACCAAGGAUAACCUCUCCUGGUAUAACAAUGACAAGUGGAUUGGUGGUGUCCCACCAGCAGAUUAUACUAAGGUCAUCAUCACCUUCCGGUACCUUUCCCAGAAGCUCUUUAUUUCUGUUUCGGUGCUCUCAAGUUUGGGUAUCCUGUUGGCCAUCAUUUGCUUGGCCUUCAACAUCUACAAUGGGCAUGUCAGAUACAUCCAGAACUCUCAGCCAUAUCUCAACAAUAUGACAGCUGUGGGCUGUGCACUGGCCCAGGCAGCUGUCUUCCCACUUGGGUUGGAUGGCCUUCACAUCAGCAAAGACCUCUUCCCUUUCGUUUGCCAGGCACGGCUUUGGCUCCUGGGUUUGGGUUUCAGCCUUGGCUAUGGCAGCAUGUUUACCAAAAUCUGGUGGGUGCACACCGUCUUCACCAAGAAGGAAGAGAAGAAAGAACGACGGAAGACUUUGGAACCCUGGAAACUCUAUGCCACUGUUGGAUUGCUUGUCGGGCUUGAUUUUGUCAUCUUGGCUAUCUGGCAAAUAGUUAACCCACUGAAACGCACAACGGAGGAAUUUACCAAAGAGGAGCCUAAAAGUGACAUUGACGUGCUGAUCCUACCCAAGCUGGAGCACUGCAGUUCCGAAAAGAUGAACACCUGGCUGGGUAUCUUCUAUGGCUUCAAGGGGCUGCUGCUGCUUUUAGGCAUCUUCCUGGCCUAUGAGACAAAGGGAGUCUCCACAGAGAAGAUCAAUGACCACCGGGCUGUGGGCAUGGCAAUCUAUAAUGUGGCUGUGCUGUGUCUUAUCACGGCCCCCGUGACCAUGAUCCUCAGCAGUCAACAGGAUGCUGCCUUCGCCUUCGCCUCCCUUGCCAUUGUCUUCUCCUCUUACAUCACACUGGUUGUGUUGUUUGUGCCCAAGAUGCGGCGCCUUAUCACCCGGGGAGAAUGGCAGUCUGAGCAGCAGGACACCAUGAAAACUGGCUCCUCCACCAACAACAAUGAGGAGGAGAAAUCACGGAUGCUGGAGAAGGAGAACCGUGAACUGGAGAAGAUCAUUGCCGAGAAAGAAGAGCGUGUCUCGGAGCUCCAGCAGCAGCUGAAAGAGCGGCAGCAACUGCGUUCCCGGCGGCGCUCCUCCAACUGUGCAGCUGACAACCAUUUCAACAACUCGGCUUCAGCUUCUGCAGCCACUGGCCCCAACCUCUACCAGCCCAGCCUGCCUCUCGUCCGUUGCCUGGUAGCGGAGCAGGCUGACAAGCUGGGACGCAACAACUGUGAUGGGAGCCGUGUCCACUUGCUCUACAAGUGAAGGACCUUACAGACAUCUGGAGAAAGGGAGAGUUGGGCCUUUGCUUGGGUAGCCGGGGGUGGGAAUGGGCAUCUGGUGGUGGGGACUCUGUACAGCUGGCUGGGAAGGGGCUUUUUUUUUCCCAAAAAAAGAAAGGAAGGAAAAGGAAUAAUAAUCCCUAGUCUUUGUAAAAUAUCUUCAUGUCUGUCCAUCUGCUUCCCCUGGAGCCUGGAAUCCCAAGUGGAAAAUCUGGAGACUUAUUUUAGAAGUAGGGAAUCCCAAGGAUACCCACAUCCA